GCCGUCACGUUGACACUCACUAUCUCACUUUUUCAGACAGUAAUCUGUAUGCAGAUGGCUCCGGGUUUGUGCUCAUCACCAUGGCAAUGGAGCUGGAAUAUGUAUUCGUAUGCCGACUGCAUGGGGAGGACAACAGAAAGGAAGCUAAGCGUCGCUGUCUGCGAGCAGCUCUGCCUUCUGUGCAUCUUCUCUUUCCAACUGACUUGAUGGGUCAGAUAUUUUAUAGCCAACAAGCUGUGCAUCAUGUAUGUUGAACAGCAGAAGUGGAUGGAAUGCUGGAGACCUGCCCCAAUAAGGCAUAGCCCACAGAUGGACUAUGGCAUCAGCAUUGACUGUGGGUUAACCCAGACAAGCACACCUCCCCCUUUUGUCACAUUCCUCCUCUGCCUAACACCCCCUUCACACCCCCAGCUUGCUUCUAUUUACCUCUCUCCUAAUCCCUAGCAUCUCUCUCUCUCUCUCUCUCUCUCUCUCUCUCUCUCCCUCACUCCGCUCUAUCCUCCUCCUUCACACUCAGAGCGAGCAGGCUGCAACACGACCCACACUGCCUGCUAUGUGAUCUCUUGGAAAACAUCAUUUCGUGUCUUUCUGUGCUGUCUGAUGAUGCUGAACCCUUAUUUACAUUGUGAUCUAACAGGCGAGGAAAGAUGCCUUCGCAACAACCCUGACUCCUUUCUCUUCCUUAUGCUCCCCCCUCCCUUCACCUCACCUUCUUCCCCCUGACCCUUCCCUGUCUCCCCUCUCCUUCGCCCCUUUCCUUAAACCCCCUGUUCUCCCUCUCUCCUCUCACCCCCUUGACAAUGUUCUCAUGUGUUCGCUGGCUUCAGCCUUUCCUUGCCUUGCUCUCCUCUGCCUUAGUCACUUGGGGUCAAAACUGUCCAUCCAGCUGCAUGUGUCCAGAUCAUCACACCGUGGACUGCACCGGUCGAGGGCUCACCCGUUUACCAGACUCCUUCCCUCUGGACACACGGAGGCUUCUUCUGUCCAAUAACUGGAUACCUGGGAUCCCCUCAGAUUUCUUAGUACUCUACAGUGAUCUGGUGUACCUGGACUUGCGGAAUAACUCUCUGACCAUGCUGGAGCCAGGGACACUGACCAGCUCCUCCAGGCUCGUCUACUUGGACCUGGGAAGCAACAACUUAACCGAGAUCCCCUCUGGGAUUUUUGGAGAAUCACGCAGCCUGAUCAAGCUUCGUCUGGGUAACAACCCCUUUCUGAGUAUGGUGAGUGAGGGUGCCUUUUCGGGCCUCACUUCCUUACGAGAGCUGGAGCUGGAGAAGAAUGGCCUCUCUGGCCUGGAUGUCAGAGUGCUGAGCCAGCUGCCUUCCUUGAGAGUAAUACGUCUAGAGAGGAACCCUUGGGUGUGCAAUUGUCAUUUUGCCAAAUUGUUUUUCUGGCUGAACGAAAAUCGUCACAAGCUCUCAACUGGACUGGAGGGAAUGGAGUGCUCACUCCCAACGGAUGGACGGCAGAUCUCUCUGAACCUGCUUUCUGAGGAGAGCUUCCGGGAAUGUCGGGGAGUAUUGUCUCUUAAAGACUAUCUCAUUGUUAUUUUCUCUGGGAUCUGUAUAUCAGUAGCUGCCAUUAUUGCCAGCUUCAUCUUGGCCUCCAUCAUUCACUGCUUCCAGAGGCUCAAAGCCAAGAGGACAGAUGAGGAGGAAGGGGACGAGUGAGCUUCAGCUAUACUUCAGAGACUUGACAGAUUUACUAACACUGCACCUCAGCUUGGAUGACGGACAGAGCGCCAUGUGUCCAUGUAACAAGUCCCCAGAUUAAUAUAUUGGAGUGAGUAAGGUGAGGCUGAACAAGCCACAUUAUGCCCAGUGACUCACAACCUCUUUGAAUGAUGCAAAAUGUCGGAGCACUUUUAUACUUGAAUACAAAUUACUCAAUCAAGCCUUAAAAUGUAAACUGUUCUAGUAACAACACUGCAGAAAUAUGUACAAGCUUCCUGUAUGCAGGCUGUUAAUAACUGAGGUACUGAGCAAAAUCAUUCACAGCAUAUUGGCAAGGACUUACUUAAAUCAGCAAGGUUAUGAACAGUUUCUGUUAUUUAUUUAAUGUGGAAUUGAAUCACACUGAAAACUAGUAAAGUUAACGAACUUGCACUUUAAGAUAGAUGAUAUAUUGCACAUAAUCCCAGUAAGCCAUAAAGUAGGCUGUCAUAUUGACUCAGGUCACCAAAGAAUUUCCUAGAAAUGAGUAUUUUGUUACUGAGCCUGGAACGGGUGGGUGAGGGAUUUAGAUAUGCACACUAAAGCUCUAAUUACUGAUGUUGUAAAUGAAAUUUCCAAAUUGCUCACAACUGCUUCCCAUUUACAAGAUGAUGUCCUGAUAUUUCAAGCAUAACCAGGGGACAACCAGCAAUUUAGACAAAAUGUUCAGAACGAAUCUAUGAAAUCAAAUGUAUUGCAACUCUUUCCUGUUUUCUUUUUUUUUUACUUUGUGUACAAUGAAAUAAAUGGUG